AUGUCGCGCGUGGAGCUCCUCCUCUCCGCCGGCCUGGUGCCCGUCAUGGUGUUUGACGGAGGGCGCCUGCCCAACAAGGGCGAGGAAGAGGCGAGCCGGGGCCGGUCCCGUGCCGCCGCGCGAGAGAGGGCGCGCGCGCUGGCGGCCGCGGGGAACGUGGCGGGCGCCUACGAGGCGUACCAGCGCGCCGUGGACGUGACGCCGCGUCACGCUUUCCAGCUCAUCCGCGCGCUGCGCCGACGCGGCGUGGACUACGUGGUGGCGCCCUACGAGGCCGACGCCCAGAUGGCCCACAUGGCCACCACGGGGCAGGUGGAGCUGGUGGUCAGCGAGGACAGCGACAUGCUGGCCUAUGGCUGCCCACUGGUCCUGUUCAAGAUGGACAAGGUGGGGUACGCGGAUGAAGUGCGGCUGGCGGACCUGGGUAACAACGCUGGGCUGGACCUGCGGGGCUGGCCACACGACCUCUUCCUCCAGCUGUGCAUCAUGUCUGGCUGCGACUUCCUGCCCUCCCUACCCGGCAUCGGCAUCAAGAGGGCCCAUGCCCAUCUGAAACGCACCCGCUGCUUCAUCAAGGCGGUGCAGGCACUCAAGUGGGACGGCACGGCCGUUCCCCCGCAGUACCUGGUACGAUUUCAGCGCGCGCUCUGGUCCUUCCGGCACCAGAGGGUGUACUGCCGGACGCAGCAGGCCACCAUCCCCAUGACCCCGCUGCCGGAGGGUGGGCUGGCGGCCAGCACCCUCAUCCCUGAGGCUGCCGAGACCGUAGAGGGCGAGCCUGACUUCCUGGGGCCCUGGGUGGAGGACUGCAUAGCGCGCGGCGUAGCCGAGGGCCGGCUGGACCCCAUGACGCACCAGCCCUUUGCCAUGGACCUGCCCUCGCCCACCAAGCAGCACCCUGACCGGCAGGGUGGCCGAGGUCUUGGACAGCAGCCUAAGACCUGGGCCGCCCCCGCCACCCAGGCCCCUCCCGGCCCCAGCCCCGGCCCCAGCGAUGGUCAGCAGAGCCUGCUGAGCAUGGGCUGGGGCCGGGGAAAGGCCAGCGGCUUCCUGGCCCUGCCCACCUGUAGCAGGGAGGCGCAGCGUGCAUACCGUGCCCCCCGCCCCGCCUCCCAGCCCGAGAGCGGAUCCCAGGUUGCACACGCCAGCUCCAGCCCCGCCCCGACCUCGCUGGGCGGUCGCAGGAGCAGUGGGACCCUCCUCCACCGCUCCGGCAAGCCCGGCGGCGGCCAGGGCGUGAGCCGCUACUUCUCCCGCGCUCCCUCCGCGCCGAGCGGGGGCAGCCUGGAUGGCGGGGGCGUCGGCCAGGCGCCCAUCGAGCCAGGAGCCGACGGUGCCGGCCGGGUGGCCUGCGAGCCUGGCCUGGGAACAGCAGCUCCAACUCCAACUCCGGGGGACUCCGACCUCCACUCCACCGCCUGCUCGCCUGGCCUGGCAAGGGCCCUGGCGACCCAGGAGCAGCGGCGGCGCAGCGGGCACAGCGUGCCGGCCAGCCAGGCAUCCGGCGGGUGCGGACUCUCCCAGGGCAGCGGCGGCGAUGACAAGGAGAACGUGUCCCUGAGUGCCUCCUGGGGGCCCACCGUGGUGCCCAGCCAGGCCAGCGUGGAUGGGGGAGGAGGGAAGCCCGGCGACGCGUGGAGCGGUGGCGAGGCGGCGGUGGGGGCCCCUCCCAGCCCGCACCCGGCGCCCUCGCCGGGGUUCUAUGUCGUCCAGUCGCCGGCGGGUCAGGAUCAGGCCGAGGCAACGCCAGAGUCUGGCACUGGGGCGCCGCAGGUCGUGUCCCCCGCUGGGCUGCCCUUGGGGCCGGGCUCGGGCAAGCGACGAGGGUCUGGGCCUCAGGGCACCCCGCUGCCGCGGCGGCGGCUGGAAACUGGCGCCUGCGGCAGAUCCCCCCCCCCAGAGCCAGAGGCGUCGAGCUCGCUCUUCAGCCAGUUUGCAUUUAAAUCGUGUGCCUGA